AUGUAUGUGAAAUGGUUUGAUACAGUAAUGUUUUACUAUGUGAUUUUAGUGAAUUUAGUGAAUGUCACUUUUUGUCAUUUUCAAAUUUCCCACCGUUCCGUCGUCGCAGGGAACGGAACCCAGAAGACAGAUGCCGACAUCCGCCGGAAGACAUUACAGGGGACACUGCAGGAGGGACAUUGUGGGAGCGCAGGACAAGGUAAGAGAAGAACAGAUCCUGGAGCAGCGCCGCAUGGUAAGCCCGAGUGUAGCUCGGGGUUACCGCUUGUGCUACACUCGGGAAUACCACCAGGGAGGUUAAGGUGA